CAUCUUUAAAUUUGUUUGGUUGAGCUCUGUUUAAGAAUCAUCAACGUAAUUUUUAAUCAGUUUUGGGUGGUGUUUAAUUAUAAUCUUAAGUGAUUGUGUUGUGUAGUGCAUUGUCAUAUAAUACAACAAGUUAAUUAAGUGCAUCUAAAAAAUGAGGCCGAGAAGAAAAGAUACAGACACUUCCACGCUUGAAUCUGAAUUAUCAGAAGCGUCACCGUUAAAGCAGAAAAAAAAAGGCAGGAGGAAAAUCCGCCAGACUGAAGAAUUUCAUCAGACAUUCAAUCAAACAUUAACUAGUGAUACUUCUCCAAAAGAAGUAAAUCAAAAAACAAAGAAAUCAAGUAAAUUGGUAUUAUUACCACAAAUUGAUAAUGUUGCAAUCGAUAAUGAAAUAAUUGAGGCAACCACAAAAAGUGCAAUGCCUGAGCAUGAAAAUAUUCCUAAGAAAAGAGGGAGAAAGAAAAAGAAGAAGUCAUCAGAUAAAGAAAAUUUGGCAAAUGCAGAUAAUGCAUCCACAGAAGAUACUGGAUCUACAACUGCCGAUACAAGCAAAACCAACAAUUUGGUAGCAAUUAAGAAAAAACGAGGUCGAAAGAAGAAAAGAAACUCUGAUCAGCAAACUAUUAAUGUAUCUCAAGAAAAUUCUUCCACCCUCUCCAAAUCACUUUCUGAAAGUCCUCUUGAUAUAACACAAAAUGAGCCCCUUGUGAAUCCUAAAAGAGAUUCUAUAAUAAAAGAAGACUGCAUGACAAAUAACAGUAAACAUGUAGAAGAGGAUUCCACAAUUCUCUCAAAAUCACAUUCUGACAGUCCUUCCAAUACAUCAAAAAAUGUGUCCCUUGUAAAAAGAGAUUCUACAGUAAAAGAGGAUUCCAUAAAUAAUUUAAAUGAGUCACAGUCAGCAGAUGAUUCUGAUAUAAGUGUAAAUUUAAAACCUAUUAAAACAGUAUUUGUAAAUGAUAGCACUGAAAGUUCAGAUUAUACACAAAAUGAUAAUAAUAUUUUAUCUACAAUAAAAGAAGACCUUUACAAUAUUUGUGAUAUGAAAGAGCAACCAGUUAAAAGAAAUUCCAAUAUUGCAAGUGAAACUCUAGAAGAUCAUGUUGAGAUGUCAAAUGCUGACCAACCUGUUGAAUCUGAAGUACUAACCCAUCAAAAUACUGAAAAUGAACCUGAAACUUCUGAAGAAAUUGACAAAUCAACAACAACAACAAAGAAGAUGAGUACCAGAACUUCAGUUAAAAGGCAGUCAGUGCUUACACCAGUUGGAAAAAAACUGACAAGACAUUCAACUGUAACCUUAUCUUCACAAUUUAAGAAUCAACAACGUUCCACAUCUGGUGCUACGCCAGUUGCCAAAAAAUUGAUGACCAGACAUUCAGCUGCUGCUCAGACUGUAUCAAAAUCCGCAGCUACACCUGUUACAAGAAAAUCUGUCGCGAGGAUUACAACUGGUGCAACACCUUCCACAUCUCAAAAGGUAUCAACACCAAUUACUAAAAAAUCAGUAACAAGACAAUCAUUGUCAACAAAUUUCGCUUCGAAAAAAUCGAUAACUAGGCAGCUGGCGGUAUCUGAAAGUUUGAAUGAUCUAUCAUCUCAAGUCCAGUCACUGUCUUCAACGCCUAAAGAAACUAAUAGUAUUUUAAAGAAAAAUACUCAAAGUGAAGGCAACCUUCCUAGUGACAAAAAAUUAAGACAUACUCUUCAUUUCACCUCCAGGGGGAAUAAACAAAUAGAUUCUUUGGGUUCCAAAGAUGAUUCAAUUAUAAUGUUGGAUGAUUUGGAUGAAUCUGAAGAUCCAAAAGAGAGGAAAGAAAGGUCUGCAAGUUUUAUAGUGGUCAGUGAUAAUGAUACUUAUGACUUAAAUGAUAAAGAAAUGAGUGACGAAUCGGAAAAAUCAGCACAUAAUGUUUCAAAUACAUCAGAAGGGGACAGCACAGAACAUGUUGUCAAUGAAAAAGAGCCCGUUAACCAGAGUAGAAAAAGAAGUACAGGGGUAAGUCGACAAUCUGAAACUAAACAAGCAUUAGAAGAUAGUUUGAAAGAAAACGUUAGAACACGCACUAGCAAUUUACAUGAACGACAAUCAGUUGCCACGCCAUUCAGGAAGUCAAAGAAUAAAAAGUCAACACCCACUGUUAAUGAUCCUAUAUCACUGCAGUCAUUAUCUAAUUUAACAAGAAAAACUGGGAGUAUUUUAAAAAGAAGGAGUCGUAGUUUAAACGAGUUACCCACCAAUGAAGGUAGGAAUAAAGUAAAGAAGUCUGUAAGCUUUGUACCUAGAGAGAGUAAACGAAUACGAAAUAAUACUUAUAACAAGGAGGAUGAUGAAUCUCCUAAAAAGCUAUUUGGUAAUGACUCUAGUAUACUAUCAAAUAGUAGUACACCAACUAAAACACCAUUGACUUCGUUAAAAUCACCAGGGAAAACGCCCAUGAGAAAAUCUAAAACGUCAAGAGAAGAUUCUGAAUUAAAUUCCACCUUUGAAAAAGAGAAUUCUACACUUUCAGCAACGUCACCAAUAGAAUCAGAAACUUUAAAUAACACCUAUGAUAAAAAUGAGCCACAACUUGAAACUGACAAGUCUCCUGAGAAGACCAGUCUAAAUGAUUCUUCCACAUCAAUGAUUAAAACAAAAACUACAACUGAUAACCUACAUUUAGGAGGCAGUUUAGAAAACGAAGAUUUGUGUAAUACUACUUUUAACAAAGAAGAUAUAGAAUGUUGUGAAACAUCAAAUGGAAGACUUGAUAAAAGCGGAAAAAAUAAUUUAUCAAAAAUUUCGCUUUUUAGAAAAUCGAGAAAUAGUAGUAUUCGAUUGGAUCAAAUCAGUAUGACAUUAGAUGAUUCUCAAGAGUUAUUUGGAGUGAAUUCAACCUCCAUAAUGUCUGCAAAAGGCGUAUUGGACAAAAGUGAACAAGAGAAGCCUGAUAAUUCAUAUAAUUUAAAUGAAACUUUCAACACUUCGAUUAAAUCGAAGAGUUUAAAAGUUGAUCAGACCACACCAAAUAGCAAAUCCCCAUCAAGUGCCAAAAAAUCCCCAACUAAGAAUUCUUCAAUUAAUAAAGAUAAUUCGCUGGGAAAAAUUGCCACGCCAGCAGGAGAAAUUGUUUGCGAGGCAGUUGGGCCUUCUAAUACAUCAGACAAUAAGUCGCCCACAUUUUCUGAGAGAAGAAAAUCGAAACAAAACUCCUCUACUAUGAAUUUAAGAAGGACAAGAGGAGAAGAAUCCACUUCCAAUUUAAGUCUAAACGAAUCCCUUGAGUUACUUGGUGUUAAACCAAUUAAUGUCGAUACACCGAAACAAGCCUUGGAAAAAUCUGCCGCAGCUUUGAAUUUAUCCAAACAUGUCACACCAUUUUUGAAAAAACUCGAAUCAAGAAAUAAAAUACAUCCACAUUCAAGUACACCCAAAGAAAAUCGUGUUGUCAAAAAACGGGCAAUGGAUGUAUCGUUAAAAAUGAAUACAUCAGCGAAGACACCAUCAACUAAAAAAUUCGUUGCCAAAAAGGUUCCCAAUUUUGAGCUUAUUCACCAAAGAGCUUUGGAAAAGAUGGAAGAUAUCGCUUCCAUGAAACUAAGAAAGGAACAAAGGGCGCAACUGCUCAUGUCCGGUCAGAAACCAAAAAUCGGACUUGACGUAAGCACAAAGGCAAACAUGUCCAACAAAAACAUUGUUAAAAAGAAGUCACGCAUACCGCUUUUCUUACGCCGACCAGAAUCUAAUUUGAAACCCACCACACCAAAGAACAAAGUCAAUAAGUUUGGUUUCAAGGUGGAUAAACAGGCCACCAAAGUAGAGCAAGUGAAGGCUGUAGCUUCAAAGACACAUAUCGUAAGGGCUGGUGUUGAGGAUCGGCGAAAACACAUUCAAGGUGUGAGGACUAAUAGAAGAUUCGAACUUAUGAUGAAGAUGAGAAAUAAUAACUAAUAUUUAAUGUGUUAAUUACUUACUAAGCUUAUAUUAUGUAUCUUUAUUUAACUGUAAUAGUUAGGCUUCUUUUUGUUUUUAAUAAAUUAUGUUAGAUUAUGAUAAUGAAAGUUGAGUUUUUAUUGUUUUACUUGGCAAUUUUUUAAUAAAAUUGAAUAAACUAAUUUUACUUAC